UAUUUGAGACUAGCAACGAUUACUACCAAUCACACGCUUUCUCUUCCAACCCUUCUGGCCUAUGGGAGUCCUUGGAGUGCAGUACACCGACCAAUCGUGUGAGUGAAGUGGAGCUUUUGAAAACGUUGGCGGCGGCGAAGAGAGCACACAACAUUAUUAGGUUUUUCCAUCGGUGUUUUAAGGUUGAAAUUUCAUAUCUCCACAAGAUGCAGGUGAGUUAUGCUUUAAUUUUUCGAUAAACAAUCAAGAAAAUUAAACACAUAGGUAAAAAGAACGACUUGUACAAGCAGAAACAUACCACCGAAGUUGUCACUCGUAUUUGAGCUGUUUGGCUAACGUUAGCGACUGGUUUGUACCUUUCAAGACUAACUCAAAGUAACACCAACUUAUCUUAUGCAAAUCAUAACGACACAAACAAAUCGUGUCUACAAUUAAAAUCAACUAAAUAAAAGCUAAUGUGUCACUCAGGUAGUCUAUGCAUCACAACUAACAUUUAGGGGUAAUGCUACCAACACCAGCCUACUUUAACAGGGCCUACCGUCACAUUUGGCCGUUUCAGAUUAUAGCUUACUUUGUUCAGUACAUAAUCAUAAAUAUCCUCCAUGUAAUAAGUAAAGUUAAAAUGACAUAUCUGUAACUCCAGUAAUAGGUGUUUCAGCAAAGUCAUCCUUUUGUGUUGUUGAAGUGCAUAUCUUCAUCAAUGUGUCAAUCAUAGUACAUAUCUGCCAUGAGUCUAGAUAUGGCUCUACAUGGUGUGUUUACUAGGAACCAGAGAAAGGUAUAGACUAGGUAUAGACUCAGUAAGUUUAUGAAAAGGUCCUAGUUUUCAGAGUUAAUGCAACAAAGCACUACUCUCUGGAGGAAGCUUUUGUACAUGAUGAACCCUAUUGCGCCUGGUUCAACUUUCAUUUAUCUUUAUUUAUCCUGUCAUGAUUUAGCUUGCACCAUCAAAAAGUGUGCGUGGGAUGGUGGUAUUUGAAAGGUCAACCAUCCUGCUCGCCCCACAGUCUUCAAGCAUCAUCUAGACUAAUUAUAACUCUAAAGUUAAAAUAGAGAUGUCUGAAUAUUGCCUUGCAAAUCCCUAAUAAGCUGAAAGUUAAUGUGUUUUCUUGUCUUUACAGAAUAAGGAAAAUUAUGAGCCCAGAGGUUUUCCAGGAACGGUAUGAUAUUUAGCUUUGUUGAUCUGGUUAUGAAUAUUAAUGAAAAUUUGGAAUACAUUCAUAAAUGUGUUUGUUUCUUCAUAUUAGUUAACAACUCCGAGCAUGGUGGUAGGUCCACAGCGUGUUCAAGUGAAGCAGCGAUCAGAUGCCAUCACAGGUAAACUCAAGCUCAAUCCCUAUGGAUGACAUUUAGACAUCUGGACAAAUGCCUAUUUUAAUUUUUUUGAUAUGUUCUUUAAGGUCCUGGUAGAGAUCGUGUUGGCCCAUCUUCCAGUUCUGUCACAAAGUAUGUUCCCUUACACUUCUCAAAUUAGGUUUCAGCUUAACAUUUCUGUGCUUUUUAUUGCAUACCAAAAUCUAAGGGGUUACCACUCCCUCUGUAUGAAUGAUACAUAUGGUAACACAUCUUGAUUCUUUCACCAGGAAAAUCACCAUUGAUGACUUUGACAUUGGUCGACCACUGGGGAAGGGAAAGUUUGGCAAUGUCUACCUUGCAAGGGUGAAGAAGCUGCAAGCUGUCGUGGCGCUGAAGGUGUUGUUCAAGUCACAGAUGGAAAAAGAAGGAGUGGAGCAUCAACUCAGGAGGGAGAUUGAGAUUCAGGCACAUCUCAAGUGAGUAUAAAAAUGUUUUUCAUGUUUACCAAGUGUUGGCCAUCUUCAAACUAACCAGGAAGUGAGAGCUACUAGGUUGGUAGAAUCAUUGUUCCGCAGUUGUCUGAAGGCUUGAGAGCUUUUUUGAUAACUGAAUAAACAUUAAGAACAUUCAGAGAAAGGGCGCAAGACAACAUGAACAGAGAAGAGGUACGAUGAGACUCAAUAAAGGUUGCUGGUUGACUAGGAUAUUUUCUCGAGUACUUUUUUUUUUCCUUCUUGGCUCAAGUAUUUGUGUUUCGUUUAUGAGAAUGUGUUGUCAAUGUCAAUAUGAGAUUAACACAGUCUUCCAUUUUCUAUUAAAACCAGUGCUUUGACUUUAAAAAAAAAUUUGAUUUAGGAAAAUGUUUGAAAGUCCCCUCAUAUUGUAUCUUUUCUCUUCAGGCACCCCAAUAUCUUGCGCUUCUACAACUACUUUCAUGACCGAAAGAGAGUGUUUUUGGUGCUUGAAUAUGCUCCACGUGGUGAAAUGUACAAGGAGUUACAGAGAUGUGGAAGAUUUGAUGACCGGUGUACAGCAACGGUAAGAGUUGUAGCUGCUUUUAAAACAUUGAAGUUUAUACUUUUGUCAUGGACAGUGUUCAAAUGACAGUGGACCUGCUCACAUUUAUGACUUUGGGUGAUAAAUCUUAACAAUUUCAAUUUUUAAUCAUGCAUUUUUAGUACAUGGAGGAGAUAUCUGAUGCACUUCUGUAUUGCCAUGAGAGGAAAGUGAUCCAUCGUGAUAUCAAACCAGAGAAUCUGCUUCUUGGCUAUCGUGGAGAGCUCAAAAUAGCAGAUUUUGGUUGGUCCGUCCAUGCACCUUCUCUCAGGUGAGUAACCUCAGAGCCAUAAAGUUUUGUAACAUUGAACCAUCAGUGUUUUAUGUCAGGAACUGCCAUCACUGAUGUGUCAUGUUACUUAGAUUUGAUUGUAUGUCUUUAUCCUAUUCAGGCGCCGAACAAUGUGUGGAACACUGGAUUAUCUCCCCCCUGAAAUGAUUGAGGGACACACUCACAGUGAGAAGGUGGACCUGUGGUGUAUUGGGGUCCUCUGCUAUGAAUGCUUGGUCGGCAACCCACCGUUCGAAACUGCCAGCCACUCAGAAACAUACAAAAGGAUUAUGAAGGUUUGCGUUGAGUGUGAACUUUGUCUUCAGUAUAAAAAAACGUUUUUGUUAUGUAAAAUUGAAUACAUGGCUUUCUUACUGAGUAUGUUAAACUUCUCUCUGAUUGGUCAAAACCCUUUGACAGCCCCUUGAUUGAUCAUUAUUUAGUCUGAAUAGCAAGAGCGAUACCAGGGACAACCAGGUUAGAUUUUGUUAAGUCAUUUCAAAUCAGUCAAUGGUGUAUAGUUCCACUACAGCAUUCCUUUACUUAUGAGAUUACAAAAACACUAGUUUCUUGUAGAAUCAUAUUGGUAAACUAUAUAUAGCAAAAUAUUAAUUUCAGUGAAAAUGAUGUUGUGCCCUGCAAUCCACAACAUGGCUUCAGGGCUUAUAGUUUCUAAAACAAGGUGGAGAUUUCAUGGGAAGGGAAAGGUGUUUUUUGUCAGAGUUAUGUCAUGGGCUGAGUUCAGUUGCUUACUAUACUGAAUGAGUAAAUUAUCUGUUUUCAUUUGUAGGUGGACUUGAAGUUCCCUAAAGUCAUCUCAGAAGGCGCCCGGGAUCUGAUCUCAAAGCUGCUUCGCCACAACCCAAUCGAUCGCCUCCCAUUAGCGAAUGUCAUUGACCACCCAUGGGUGCGCUCUAACUCCCGCAGAGUCCUGCCCCCUGUCUGCCCAACCACGAAAUCCUGAGUCGCCCUGGUCUGCCAUCUUACCUCCCACUAAGAGGUCUUGAAUCUGUCCUCUACAAGAGACUGGAUGUUUCAGUAUGUUUUGGUCUCACUGCCAUGGGUUUUCAACUGCCAUUAUUCUGGCAUGAUGGGCUCCCUCACUUUUAUAUUGUACAGUGUGAAGUCAUUAUCUAUGUCUAGUUGCUUAGAGAUGUUAUUUUUAUUGUAUUUCUCCUCUGAAAUUUUAAAUGAACACAACUUUAUUCUCUUUCUGAUGGUGUUGACACCAAAGUACUACUGUUAGAUUAGCGUGGCUGGGCCAUCCUGUUGCAGGAUGGCCCAGCCAGGCUACUGUUAGAUUGCCUCAAACUGCAUAUACUCUCAAAUAGUGUCAAAUGAGGUGUUUAGAGGGUGUUUGGGGUUAAAACGAUGUUGCCUUCUCUCAAGUAAUGCUUUUAAAUUUCAAAUAAAUGUUCUUAAAGUAUAUCAUUGCUCAA